AUGUGCGGGACGGGACGGGAAGCGGGCCGGGGUGUCCUGUCAGCCGGACUGGGGGUGUGGGGGCCCCCGGGGUGUCCUGUCAGCCGGACUGGGGGUGUGGGGGCCCCCGGGGUGUCCUGUCAGCCGGACUGGGGGUGUGGGGGCCCCCGGGGUGUCCUGUCAGCCGAACUGGGGGUGUGGGGGCCCCCGGGGGGUCCUGUCAGCCGGACUGGGGGUGUGGGGGCCCCCGGGAUGUCAGCCAGACUGGGGAUGUGGGGGCCCCCGGGGUGUCAGCCGGACUGGGGAUGUGGGGGCCCCCGGGGUGUCCUGUCUGCCGGACUGGGGGUGUGGGGGACCCCGGAGUGUCAGCCAGACUGGGGGUGUGGGGACCCCGGGGUGUCCUGUCAGCCGGACUAG